AUGUCUGCGCGAGAGAAGGGGAUCCUGACCAAAGACAGCGUCAGCCUGCUGCCCUGUUUCUAUUUUGUAGAGCUGCCGAUCCUGGUAUCUUCUAUGGUCAGUCUGUAUUUCCUAGAGUGGACGGAUGUGUUCAAGCCAGUGAAGUCUGGUUUCACCUGUCACGACCGCAGUCUGAGCCUGCCCUACAUUGAUCCCAACCAUGAGGUCAUCCCCCUGUUGAUGUUGCUCAGUCUGGCCUUUGCUGGACCCGCCAUCACGAUAAUGAUUGGAGAGGCCAUCCUGUUCUGCUGUCUGACUCGGAGGAAGAGCAGUGCUGGGGCAGAGGCCAAUAUCAAUGCUGCUGGCUGUAACUUCAACUCCUUCAUACGCAGAGCCGUUCGCUUCGUUGGUGUUCAUGCAUUUGGGCUUUGUGCCACAGCCCUCAUCACUGACAUCCUCCAACUGAUGACAGGCUACCCGACACCCUAUUUCCUCACUGUGUGUAAACCCAAUUACACCACGCUUAAUGUCAGCUGUGAGCAGAAUCCCUACGUCAUGGAGGAUAUCUGCUCAGGGGCCGACCCCACAGCCAUCAAUCAGGGCAGAAAAUCCUUCCCAUCGCAGCAUGCUACUCUUGCAUCCUUCGCCGCUGUUUAUGUUUCGAUGUACUUCAACAGCACUCUGACAGACUCAUCCAAGCUGCUAAAGCCACUGCUGGUCUUCUCCUUCAUUAUCUGUGCCAUCAUCUGUGGUCUGACCCGAAUUAUUCAGUACAAGAAUCACGCCAUUGAUGUCUACCUGGGCUUCCUGCUUGGAGGAGCUAUUGCUGUCUACCUGGGGUUAUAUGCAGUUGGAAAUUUCCAGCCAAGUGAGGAGGCCAGCAACAGUCCCCCUCCGCUGCUACACCGACCCCCCUGCUCUUUGCCCCACAUAAGCCAGGAGGCUGUCCUCCAUCACCUGCAAAUGAAAGCUAGCAUGGCUGGGGAGCCAGGCAUACCCACAUCCCACUCUGAGGGCCUCCUCCACCGAGGCCUUCAGCAGCAGAGGCCUGAUGACAGUCUGAAACGGUCCAGUGCAGAUGUAGAAGUGAUCUCCCCCCACAGCUCCCAGAGCAAAGAUGCCAUGGUGACUUUUAGCCACACUCUUCCCCGGGUGCACACCCCCCAGGCUAUGGCAGCAUAUGAGGAAGCAGCCAGACGUCAUGCUGCCACUCUCCACCAUGCCUCCAUGGACUCUAGCCGCUCAAAGCAGCUUCUGUCUCAAUGGAAAAGUAAGAACAGCAACCACAAAUGCUCCCUGCAGGUCCCAGAUUCCUCCUCUUCUGUAGACUCGUCAUCUGGCCAGUCCUCCCAGCAUCCUCACCAUCAUGGCAGCAUGGAGCUCCGAUCUAGCUCUGAGCCACUGGCUAUGGGUCUGAAUGGAGGAUUUGAUAGUCAAGCAUACAUGUCGAAACUGGCCACAGGUGCUAGUACCACCCUGCCUAGUAACUGUAGUGGCAUCACUGGAGGGGCCAGGAUAUCCAUGCAAUCUAGACCUGGGUCUUCACAGCUGGUCCAUAUACCAGAGGAAACUCAUGAGAAUUAUAAUACCACCUCCCCAAGGACAGUGGGAGGAGGAGGAGGAAAUAAAGGGAUGUCAACAGUAAAUAGCACAGUUCAAGCUAACUGGCAAAGAGCAGCAGAGAAGACAGCAGACUGUAGGACUAAUGAUAAUGGGCAGAACACCCAGCCGCGAAUCUUGCAAGUGAUUGCUAUGUCCAAGCAACAGGGCCUACUACAGACCCAUUCCAAGAGCUUAGAUGAGAGCAGCAUGGGCUGCAGCACCACUGGGAGUUGCCAGGGCUCUGCUCGCUACAGGGUGCUAACUGAUCAAGAACCUACCACAAUUGUCAGAGUAGAGGCUCACCCUGAAAACAACAGGCCUGUGAUCCAAGCUCCAUCCACAGAUGGAAGCGGAUCAUGGAGAUGGCGGUCCCUGGAUCAUGGCACUGGAACUGGCGGAGGUGCAGGGAAUAGUGGAGCAGGAGGAGGAUCCGGAGGAGGAGGUGGGAGUUUGAGGCAGUCCUUUGAGCUCAAUGAUCUAAAUAGAGACUCAGAGAGCUCUGACUCAAUACGUGAAGGGUCCAUUGACAGGAAGCGUGCCAAUCACAUCAUUACCACCACUGCCACUCAAAGGCUCCACCCCCAGGGUCUCUCUACUAUAAGGGUCACACCAGGGGAUGGUGGUGAGACUGCUUCAGAAACCCACUCAGUUGCCUCCAGUCGGGAGUCCACUCUGCAGAGAAAAGGCAAUAAUAUAAUCCUGAUUCCAGAGAGAGCCAACAGCCCUGAUAAUGCCCGGAAUAUUUUCUACAAGGGAACGUCGAUGACUCCUGUUUUCAAGGACUAA